GCGAAGGGAUGUCGAGCGGUUUCAUCGCCAGCUCAAGGCGGCGAUCAGGUGCCAGCAAAACGACCGCUGGACGGAGUCAUUGCCGACCGUCCUGCUGGGGAUCAGAGCAGCGUGGAAGGACGACCUGAAGGCGACCACAGCCGAACUGGUGUACGGUCAGGCGCUGAGGAUCCCGGGGCAGUUCCUAAGUCGGCUGCCGACGGACAACGAGGACAGUGCCGUCGACUUCGUCAGGACGCUGCGUGAGCGAUUCGAGAGGCUGCGACCGGUGGACGGGACCCGGCAUGGAGAGCGACGACCGUUCGUCUUCAAGGACCUAGCGACGGCCGGGCGGGUGUUUUGUGCGGCGCGACGGACCAAAAGGAUGCAGCAGGAGCCAUACGAGGGACCGUACGAGGUCAUCAGUCGCAGCGAGAAAGUCUUUGUCGUGCGCAUGCACGGCAAAGAGAGAACGGUCACGAUAGACCGACUAAAGCCCGCGUAUAUUUUUUCAGAAAGCGAUACAGGAGGCGACGGGCCGGCGGGAUCGACGGCGCGGGACCGAGGCAGUGAGGUCAAUCGACGAGAGGAGCGCGAGGACGCGGGACCGCCGCUCCGACGAGAUUUAUGUGCGGAAAAUAACUUACAGGAACCAAUUUAUGAUCUUAUCAAGGAUUCUGGACAACCACAUGCUAGAGUCUUCACUAUUACAUGUACAGUAUCUAGUUUUGUAGAAGAAGGAGUUGCACCGACAAAAAAAAUGGCAAAGCAUGAUGCUGCAGGAAAAAUGGUGAAAAGAAUAAAAGCUCUUGUGGAUCAAUUAAAUAGCAUUGAAGAUGAAGAAGGAUCUUUAGACUCAUCUUUAGCAACUAAUAAAACGGAAAUAAUGAAUAGAAAUGCAAAAGAACGCUACUAUUCACUUAACAAAUCAAUAAAAAAGAUGAAUUUAGGUAUUAAAUUAUCUGAAUAUCACACUAAAUGGAGAGAUUCUUUAGAAAUGGAUAAACGUAAGAAAGCAUUAGAAGAAUUGCAUUCUUAUUUAAACGAGAUUCUAUCUUUGGACGAAGAAGAUGCAGAUAAAUUUACCAUAAUAAUAAAUAAGAAGUUAUCUAAAUUAGAAACUAUAUUAUCAGAUAUUAAUGUAACAGUUAAUACAAAAGAAAUACCGGCAGAUAAGAGCUAUUUUAUGAGAAUAAUAGAGCUCAAUACUUGUCCUCAUUUUUCACAGAUUGGUAUAGGAAAAACUGAGCAAGAAGCUGACUGGAAUGCUUUAACCAAGAUGGUAGAAUUUUUAAUAUUGCUUCUGUCAUAAAAUAUAGAAUUCAUAAAUGUAAA